CGGUUUCAUUUCUCAGACCAGCAGCCGUCAGAAGUCAUCCAGCUGUAGCUCUGCUCACAUCUGAGCUAAACCCGCCUCAGGAUGGCUUCGCUCAUCUCUAAGUUCGUCAUCAAGACCCUGUGCGACCAUCAGGGCAGUUUGGACUUCCAGCGGCUGGACGAGACGAUCGCGCAGAGUUUCACGGUGGAUAAAUCGGUGCUGCGGUCUGUCCUCUUCGACGACGGUAAAAUCGCCAUCCAGGCAGGAAGCGUGAAUCUGCCCGACGGCCACAUAACGAGCCCAGACAGCCUGGUGGUGGCGAAAACCAACCUGCGGCUCUGUCAGAAGAAGACAGGAGAGUGCGCUCAGUGCCUCGGCCUACACCUGUGCAGGUACUACGUGUGCGGAGACUGCAGCUUCGGACUCAGGUGUAAAAAUCCCCACAGUCUGGCCAUUCCAUACAAUCAGGAGCUUUUGAAGAGAUACGGUCUCCACGACUUGACGGAGAAGCAGCUGUUUCAGCUGCUACUGCAGAAUGAUCCUUAUCUGCUUCCAGAGGUAUGCCCACAUUACAACAAGGGCAACGGUUUGCACGGCUCCUGCAGAUUCGCCACCUCCUGCACCAAGCUCCACGUCUGCCAGCACUACCUACAGGGCGACUGUAAGUUUGGCUCUUCGUGUAAAAGAACCCAUAAUCUGGACGCACAGGGAAUGAAGCUCGUCCAGGGAUUAAGCAAGGAGAACAUCGAAAACCUCUUCAAGAUCUACAGAAAUAAGUUCAUCAUCAUGGGUCUACAGGCGAGACCGGCCGCUGUUGUCUCCGUGCGGCCAGAGGUGAGAAUCCCCACUCGACAGCCCUCCCAAAGCAGCGCUGGAUCUCCCACCAGUGCUGCCUGUCCAUCCAAAGCCCCGAGUGACGCCGACAGAGAUGAAAUCUGCCUCUUCUUCAUUCGCAGACACUGCAGCUUCAAAGACAGGUGUGUUCGUGUCCACUGGCACCUGCCUUACAGAUGGCAGAUUCUAGACAGCGAUGGAGCGCCCUGGAAGGAUCUGGUCAACAUGGAGGACAUUGAGAAGGCCUACUGCGACCCGGCACAUGACACCAGCUGCACGGAUCAACCAGCGGCCACCUCUGGGAUUUUCAAAUUGCUGUCUUCCAUAAGCUCCGCGCCGCCCAGCGUGCAGUCGGUCGAUUUCACGAAAAUGACGUAUGGCCGGUCUCCAGUCCGCCGCCUGACCACGGCCUCCUCCGUCUCAAAGCCGCCUCACUUCAUCCUGACAACGCAGUGGGUUUGGUACUGGAAGGACGACGGCGGGACGUGGCAGGAGUUCGGACAGGGUGAUGCUGAUUCAACAGUCACGUCCCAGACCCUGGAGAACGUGUACCUGGCAGACAGAGACACAGAGAUUCCCUUUAAGGUGGGCCAGCAGCAGUACGUUCUCCACUUCAGAGACGCAGCGGGAACCCAGCAGAUGUAUCAGGAGAAUGUGAAAUACAAAACCAAGAGAGAGGUCAGGAGGAGGCCUCGCUUCGUGUCCGGUCAGGACGUGGAGGUGGCGCUGAAGGGUAGUGCAUCAUCUCACAGCUCGUCCACGGCUGAAAACAUCCCGCCCCACUGGGACAAGAACGCCCUUCCUGAGUUUGGAUUCAAGCUCAUAUCGCUCUCCAAGUCUGCAAAGGAGUACAACAUGAUUGAGAUGCUGUUUAAGCGCACCAUGCCUCAGGCUCGAAUCACCAGCAUGCAGAGGAUCCAGAACACCUCUCUGUGGAAAGUCUUUCAAUGGCAGAGAGAUCAGAUGAAGGAGAGGAACGGAGGGAAGCCGGUCAAUGAGAAGUACUUGUUCCACGGGACAGACGAGUCCCUGAGCAGCGCCAUCUGUGACCAGAACUUUGACUGGAGGAUAUGUGGUGUCCACGGCACCGCCUACGGCAAAGGGAGCUACUUUGCCAGAGACGCGUCCUACUCAGACAGAUACGCCAGGGUCCGAGGAACCCCGGGUAAGAUCAUGUUUGUCGCUCUGGUCCUGGUGGGGGAGUACACCAAGGGCAGCAGCAGCUACGUCCGGCCGCCGCCGAAGCAAGGCAGCAGGGCUUUCUACGACAGCUGCGUCGACUCCGAGAGCAACCCCAGCAUAUACGUCAUCUUUGAAAAGCAGCAGAUCUAUCCGGAGUAUCUCAUCCACUACUCAUAGACCAUAAUGCUGCAUUUUGCUUUUCUGAAGAAGUAGUUAAACUGGUUGUAGCGCAUAGUUUAGUUUAGUUGGUAGAGGUUUGCGGUGGUGGAAGUCACAUUUUAAAAGUAAACACAAAAGUGAACAUACAAUGAAAACCUUUUAUUCUAAACCUUUCUGGAAAUCACACGGUUUAACAGAACUUAUUAAAGUGCCUGUAAAUGAAUGCAGCAGAGUUUCCACUGUGAUCUCUCACUAAUCACUGUUUAAUGCUGCAGCGUGUUCAGGUAGGACUCCAUUAAACCUCUGAUUUUAUUAAAUAUUUCCACCUGAAAUGUUAGGAUGAGGGUGGAAAUACUUCGCUGGGAUUGUGAGAAAAUACUCACCUUUGCAUUACACGGUAUAGACAGAAACGAAGCUUUUCCUGGACAGAUGUCUGCGCCGGCACUUUUACACUUAUGCUUUUUUUUUUCUUGACAACAAUGUCUGGCAAGGGUCACUAAUGGAAAUCUAAAUCAGGCAAACAGAGGGCAGCAAAUGAUUUGGUGUUGACUGGCUGUUACGAAAUAAACACACUGCAAAAUGUCAAA